CAGGAGAGGCGCGGCUCCGCCACGGGCUGACGCACCGUCGGAAAGUUGCGCGCCGACCUUCUUCCACCUCGUACUUUCUUCCCGGGGCACCGCUGUAGACUUGGAGCUGGGUGGGGAGGACCCGGGCCGAGGCGUGAGAGCGGCCGCCGGCCGGGGCGCAGAGCGGACUGUCCCGGUCCCGGCGAGGAGCCCGCUCCCCCUUCCUCGCGGUGCCCACCGCGGUGGUGGCACAAACUUUCUGGACUGUUCCCGGCCAGUCCCGGCGAGUCCCGCACCGGGCCGGGAGGAGGAGCCGCGGCCGCUGACAGAAGUCUACAAUCAAGGUGUAGGCAAGCCCAUGCUCCCUCUGAGAUGCUAGGGGAGAAUUCUUACCUCUUCCAGGUUUGGAAGCUGUCCUUGGCUUGUGGCUGCAUCUCUCUGCACCGUCUCAUGGCCUACUCCUCUUGAUAUGAUAUAUGCAGUUUGCUUUAAAACAAUCCAGCAGAGGAAAGGAGUGGGAAUGGAAGAUUAUAAAUAGCUAUACAUUGUUAAUUCUUGAGCCGAGUGAUGGCAGUUCAUCAUACUACUCUCUCAACUUCGUUUUGGAAGUCUUCUUCUGGGAGUUGCCAGCAGUGCCAAGUGUUGGAGAAAUCUUUUCUGCCCCUCUGAUAGAGUGAAGUGAGCAAACGCAACCUAGCAGAAGGCUCGUGAAGAGAGCACUCACAGGUUUCGAAAGUGGCAAUGAAAUGUGAAGAAGUUGCAUUUCUACUGUGAUACUUGAAAGUUAGUGACUGCUUACCAAAUUUUCAUGAAAAUUAAAUAUGACUUAGAAGCAUUUGGUUUAUGAAGGCUUAUGAUGUCAUCGGUUGCGACAGAAGGCAAACUCCAGCAGGCUGUGAGCUUGCAGGGAGUUGACCCAGAAACAUGCAUGAUUGUAUUUAAAAACCACUGGGCGCAGGUUGUGAAAAUCUUAGAGAAGCAUGACCCCUUGAAGAACACCCAGGCAAAAUAUGGGUUCAUCCCUCCAGAUGAGGCCAGUGCUGUACAGAACUAUGUAGAACACAUGCUCUUUUUGCUGAUUGAAGAGCAAGCCAGGGAUGCUGCCAUGGGGCCAAUCCUGGAAUUUGUGGUCUCUGAGAACAUCAUGGAAAAACUCUUCCUUUGGAGUCUGAGACGGGAAUUUACUGAUGAGACUAAAAUGGAGCAGCUAAAGAUGUAUGAGAUGUUGAUCACCCAGUCCCACCAGCCUCUGCUGCACCACAAGCCCAUCCUGAAGCCCCUGAUGAUGUUGCUGAGCUCUUGUUCAGGAACAGCCACCCCCACUGUGGAGGGGAAGCUGGCUGUCCUGCUCAAUCAGCUCUGUUCCAUUCUUGCCAAAGAUCCAUCCAUCCUGGAACUCUUCUUCCACACUAGCGAGGACCAAGGGGCUGCCAACUUCCUCAUCUUCUCUCUUCUGAUUCCCUUCAUUCACCGGGAGGGGACUGUAGGCCAGCAGGCCCGGGAUGCUUUGCUCUUCAUCAUGUCUCUCUCUGCUGAGAACAGCAUGGUGGCCCAUCACAUCGUGGAGAACACCUACUUUUGUCCAGUGCUUGCGACCGGGCUCAGUGGUCUCUACUCUUCCCUGCCUACCAAGCUGGAAGAGAAAGAUGAGGAAUGGCACUGCCUUCUGAAGGACGACUGGCUCCUUCUCCCUCCUCUGGUCCAGUUCAUGAACUCCCUUGAGUUCUGCGACGCCGUCAUUCAGGUGGCUCACCCCUUGAUUCGUAAUCAGCUUGUCAAUUAUAUUUACAAUGGAUUCUUGGUACCAGUCUUGGCUCCAGCUCUCCAUAAGGUGACUGUGGAGGAGGUCAUGACCACAACUGCAUAUCUGGACCUUUUUCUGCGUAGCAUCUCCGAGCCAGCACUGCUUGAGAUCUUCCUCCGUUUUAUCCUGUUGCACCAGCAUGAGAACGUCCACAUCCUAGAUACUCUCACGAGCCGAAUCAACACCCCAUUUCGGCUUUGUGUGGUGUCCCUGGCAUUAUUUAGAACUCUCAUCGGUUUACAUUGUGAAGAUGUGAUGUUACAACUAAUUCUAAGGUAUCUGAUCCCUUGCAAUCACAUGAUGCUGAGUCAGAGGUGGGCUGUGAAGGAGAGAGACUGUUACUCUGUUUCUGCAGCCAAGCUGCUCGCCCUGACCCCCGUCUGCUGCUCCAGCGGGAUCACCCUGACGCUUGGGAACCAAGAGAGGGAUUAUAUUCUCUGGUCAAAGUGCACGCAUGAUCGUCCAGGGCCCUCAGAGCAGCUGCCCCCCGAGGCGUUCUCGCCGUCGGCCUGCAUCGUGGAGCACGGCAAAGCCUUGGACAUCAGCUACCUGCAGUACCUCUGGGAGGCCCACACCAACAUCCUCCGCUGCAUGAGGGACUGCCACGUGUGGUCCGCCCUGUACGACGGAGACUCCCCCGACCCCGAGGCGCUCUGCCCGGCUCUGCUGGGCCCGCCCGAGGAGAGGGCUCCCAGCACCACCUACCCUGUGCUCAGGCUCCCGCAGCAGCUCCCCGGGACGACGGGGCCCCAGCUGGCUCCCGGAAAGGAGAAGAGCCACACGGAGCUGGAGUGGGACAACAGCUACGACACCGGGAUCUCCUCGGGGGUGGGCGGGGGCUGCCCGGGGCCGUACGAGGACGCAGAGAACUCGGGCCCCCCGGCCCCCGUGGAUCCUCCCAGACACAUCCAGGAGAUGAAGAAGAACGCCAUCCUGCUCUUCAAAGGGGCCUACAUCGAAGAGUCCGACUUCCAGGAUGACGUGAUGGUGUACAGGCUGUGUGCUGAGAAGGACGCUGAGGACACCAGCGGCUCACGGGAGGACGCCGCGAGGCCCCCAACCCAAGCCCAGACCCAGGUCCAGGGUCCCCCCGAGAGCAACGGCCCCCUGCCCGGCCCUCAGCCAGAGACAGAUUCAGAGGAGGAGCAUGCUACGGACGAUUCGGACGCGUGUCACGGUGUGUCCAAGGAGCCAGAAGGAGAGAACGAGCCUGACGUCGCCCUGGAAUCAAGCCCCGAGUUGGCGGCCCCCGACCCCAAGGCAGAGCACGGUGCACGCCCGGCAGUGACUAACCCCGAGGGCGAAGAUUUCAUUGCCCAGUGUGACCAAAUCAUUAAAGAACUGGAUUCCAGCGCCGGGGGCUUGAUGGAGCAGAAUUUCUCCUCACCUGACCCAUUGCUUCUUACAAAGGAGCCGGAAGAGGAGGAAGCUGAGAGCAAAGGAGAAGAGGGGGAGGGGAAGAAGAAACCAGAGGGGGAGGAGGAUGACUUUGACUCUUUCAUGGCUGAGACUCCUGCCGCAGAGACCCAGCCGUCCCCGUUUGGAGCGAGAGAUGAGGCUGCCUUUGCCAGUCACCGUCCCGCGAGGACUCAGAGCACCCCAUUCACAGGCCCGUUCAUCAGCGUGGUGCUGUCCAAGCUGGAGAACAUGCUGGAGAACUCGCUGCACGUGAAUCUGCUGCUCAUCGGCAUCAUCACGCAGCUGGCCAGCUACCCGCAGCCCCUGUUGCGCUCCUUCCUGCUCAACACCAACAUGGUCUUCCAGCCCAGCGUGCGCUCUCUCUACCAGGUCCUCGCAUCUGUGAAGAACAAGAUUGAGCAGUUCGCCUCUGGGGAGAGAGACUUCCCGGGCCUCCUCAUCCAAGCCCAGCAGCACCUGCUCUUCCGCGUGGACCUGUCCGACCCGAGCCCUGAGGCACCCAACAAAGUUUCAGAUCCCGUUCAGGACGCCUCCAGGACAGGGAGCGGCAGGAGUUUUCUGGAUGGCCCCCCACGAGUGCUUCAGCCCUUCCUGACAAACAGAGCCAAGGCGGCCGGGGCGCCCCCCAGCCUGCCCCCGCCCGUGCGGGACACCAUGCUGGCGGCCGCCCUCUUCCCCGAGUUCCUGAAGGAGCUGGCUGCCUUGGCCCAGGAACACUCCAUUCUCUGCUGCAAGAUCCUGGGCGACUCGGAUGACAGCUACUGUUAGCUUUUUCUUUUCAAAUAGAGGUUCUUGUUUUUUUAAGGUUUUAGUGUCUUGACUGAACGUUAAAUGCAAAGCUGCUUACAGACACCUCUACUUUGAGACUUCCUGACGAUACUUGAUACGUGGGGAGGGGGGUUUUCUGUGCACCUCCUCUCCCCAGCCGGAUCUUCCCACCUUGUAUCCCCUAGAAUCUAAGUCUUGGCUCAGUUUUUCCUCCUCAGAGUUCCUGGUCCUUAUUCUCCCAUCCCUCGGAGCCACUCAGCUUGCAGCUUCGAUCACAACCCAGCGAACACCGGAGUCGGUGAUUUCGGGAGGUGCCCGCCUCAGAAGGCCCUUCAACAGCACGUAAGAGCACACACCUGCCCCCGUGGCCUUCUGCGUCGUGGCUUCCGUCUUAUAAAGAGAAAGAUAAAGAUGGAGCCCUUCUUGCCUCCGUCACGCAAGCACACAGCAUCCGUCCCUUUGCACUUUACUUCCAAGACUUGUAUUCCGCCCAACACGUGUUGCCUUACAGUGCAGGCAAAUCCACUGGUCUCAGCUCUCUGCCUGGGAAGUCAGAUGUAGUUGGAGAGAAUUUGGAAUGCAGGGAAAUGUUCUUGUUGCUCGAGAGCUUUCUUUGCUCAGUAUAUCACUACCUAAACACUGAAAAUAGCCUUAUUUUAGUAAGAUUUGCACAAAAUGAACUAUGCCUAUGCAAAAUGUUACUUUGGCUUUUAGGACUUAGAUCGGUGUGGUGAACAAAGCGUGGUAUAUGCUUAUGUAAGAAGACAACCAUCGAUAUUUUUUAAGUGUUUUAUGAAAAACAAACUGGUUCAUCUGUGAAACUGUCUCAUAGUGGGUUUUUUUUGGAGGGGUAUGGUGUGGGGGAAAGGAUAAAAGUAAACUAAAUACAAUCUGUACAAACCUUGGUAAUUAUUUUAAAAUCUGUUUGCUUUUUCUAAUAUGUUGCACUUUGUAGAGAAACAGGAACUGUACAGCCACUUAGGGAACGAGGAUGUAAAGGCAAACAGGUCGCGGGGAGCCCCGCUAAGCCGAGUGCCUGCUGGGGCCUCACUCCACACAGAAACGCUGCCUUCUGAGUAAUGGGGUUCAUUAGGAGGCCCCACUGUGAUGUAUUAGUGCCUCUCUGCUCUGCAGCCUGCUCGCCAGGUGUAAUUAUACUUUUAGAGCCAUGGUCUUCCUACCACAGAGAGAGGGGCAAACACACAAAAUAACUGUGGGCUAAAAAAAGAACGAGACAAUAAACGACUGAUAUUCAUGGAUAUCAGGUUCCACUCUCCUGUACUGUGGGCAGGUGAGAAGCACGUAAGCAGGAUGACACCCCGCCCCCCGCCCCCGUUGGGAAGGAAAUUGGAAGCCCCGGGUCUCUCUGUUCUUUCUGCGGGCAUGUUGCUGAGCCCCGGGGGCAGUCACAGGGCUGGUGGUGGUGCCUCAGGAGCACUGGUUUGGUUUUAAUCAAUCAGGCCCUCGUACAGCAGGGGCGUGGAGGAGAGAAGCACAUCUGAGACGCUGCAGAGCCGAGGCUGCCUUUUGUGUUUCAGGGAUCUUGAAGCGAGUGAGCCAGUCCUGGAAUGAAGCCUCAGGAGCCCAGCUUCACGGUGCUUGCAAGUCCAGGCAAGGAACCAAAGAUAGUGAUUCGUUGUACAUUUCUGACUUCAAACUUGUCUGUCUUGAAAGAUAGUUUGCCCGGCUGCAGUGCAGCAGCCGGAAUGUACGAGGCCCAGCGGACUGGCCUGCUCUUGGCUUCCCGACAUCCACCUGUAUUUGCAUAAGUGUCUCUACUGGAGAAGUCAGUGGCUCAGAGAUCGAGAGAGAAGAGCAGAAGAUGAGUUUCAGCUGUAAUGUAUUACCCUCCAACUUUGUUUUGCACAAGUAUUUAUCUUCCAGUUUGGACUCACCAGGUAUAUAAGAAGCUAAAGUCACGUCUGAGAGCCAUAUUCUUCAGCUUUCUGGUCUGAUUUCCACCUCUCUCCAUUAUCUGGUGAUGGUGUCGAUUCUUCUCCUUGAGUCCAUGUUGCUCUAUUAUAGAAAACCACAGUCCCCUUUGUGGAAGGCAUCAUCUGGGAAAGAGUAUUUUUUUUAAGUAGGUACUUAAAAAAAAAAAGUAGAUUUGCUUUAAAGGAGGACAGAGAUCACCGGUGUGGGGUGAGAGGCAGGAAAAUUAACUAACUCCCAUGGUGGGGUGCUGGUAGCAAACCCACAUGACAACCCAGCCAGUUUGGAGGUGGACACCGGUUCAGAUUUCUGAAACCACUGCAGCCUUCCACCAGAGUACUGAGUCCAGCGUUUCUCAAAAUGAAGUCAGAAAAUGGACCUGGAAAUAUAUUCCAGGGAACUGGUGAACCCAUGCAGUUGAGGGGAACAGCCAGGUGGGUUAGGUUAAGGAUGGUUUGGGGGUGGUGUGGACAUGCGAGAGGAAACACAGCAGAAACCGGAAGCUAAAACAGAAGAACAAAUCCUGGGGGGUUGGGAGGAAUGAACAUUGAUCUAGGCAGACGGGAAGAUACUGAACAGCAGGGGGUGGCGAUGGGAAUUCCUUGAUGGGAAAAAUCGCGGUAAUGAAGUAAAAUGUUCUAGUCAUAAAGUAAUAGGUGACACCCUUAGAAAUCUCUUUUGCAAGGAGUUUGGGGAAGGAUUUUGAACGAUACUUGGCAUGCUUUAAAUGUGCCAGUGCAUGGAUGCCUUUGCAUGCGACAGGCCCCCAGGACUCAGUGGACACGGGCUUUGGUGCAGCCCCUGAGGUUGGCGUCGCUGUGUCGAGCCUGGUGGCCCCGGGCAGCAGAGGUGAGUCACGGGUUCCUGGAGCAUCACAUCCUUCACCUUGAUUCAAAACUCAGAGUCUGACGUAAAGUUCUAGGUGGAGUGGAUUUUGUGCUUCAAAAUAUAGGAGAGCACUGGGAUACUUAAAAUUGAUUUUUGGAAGUGGCCAAAUGUUUAAAAACGUUUGUUUUUUAAAAUUUUAAAGCGAUUCCAGGUCGAGUUUAGCCGAAAAUAGUUUUAUGGAGUGAAUUACAGAUUCCCAGACACGAAAUGGGAAUGCUGGAGUAACCAAAUCAGAGAUGUGGUUUCAUUAGUAGGUACUUCCUUUCCUUCGCCGGUAUUUAGAGGAAUUGUGAAAUAGUCCCCAUUUGACUUAGUAAAAUACUUUGACGAGCUGGGGUUGGAAUCGAUGCCUCUGUCACGUGUAGGGAGGACACAUUCACUUCUUCCGCGGGUCCUCAGGGGUACCUUUUCCUCAUCAAGUGGCUCUUACUUAGGUCUGAUGCAGUUGUUGAUUUUCAAUCCAUUAAGACAUCCUGGGUCCAGGGUGCUGUCAGGAGAGCAUCCUCUUAUGAGUAGAAUCUAGAGACAGGAUACGUGACUGUUCAGGUUACCUGUUCAUUUUGGGCAGCCCAUGGUACUCGGGGUUGAAAGUCGUUUUUGAUGUCUCCGAAUCAGCCUGGUUGCCAGGGUCAGUGUGGGUGGGUUUCCAGCUGUGUUCAGAGGUUUGGGGCUGUGGGUAGGCUGCCCGUUCUGAACGUGGGGUCACUGUGCCUGGGCUGCUCUCCUUGGGAAGUGCGGCCCCGGCGGGGGUGGGACACGUCACCGGUGUGACGGUGAAUGUCUGCAGCGCACACCCAGCUCUCACGCAGGGAUGGGUCAAUGUAAUUGCUAACUACCAGCCGUGUAUUUACUGAAGUGGCUGGCACGCUUGGCCAUUUUUAUGAAACACUUUACUGCGGGACAGCUAUUACUGCAUGUGCUACUUCGAGUCACUGGCCAGGCCGGGGUAAUUUGUGGCUCACCUCGCGUCCCCGCCAGCCUUGCGGUAUUAGCUCUUCCUGAACAGCAGCGCUCUGUAGCUGAGGCCACGACGCUUUAAGUCGUUAAGAAGAUAUUCUCGGCCCCUUCUCGCUUCAGCCAUCAGACUGUAAAUCACACAACACUCAUUCUCCAUCAGAUAACAGCUUAAGACAGAACCGGUUUAUACUCCAUUCUUAAAUCACAUCACGGAGGAAACAUUUUAAGAAAAUGGAGUUGACUUUUUUUUUCCUUUUUGAAUGACCAUCAUAAACCUAACGCUUUAGAAAGAGCUCUCAAAAGACUAAGAAUUGUUUUCGGGAUAAUUUUGCCUCAGUAAAUUCUAUGUUCAGGCGUUUAUUAGGCCAUUACUUGUUUUGGAGGACAGAUCAUCCUGGCAGCUCAUUAACUGGAUAAACAGGGGCUUCAGUGAAAGAUUUUCGUUGAGGCUUUGUAGGGACCAGAGGGACAGGGGCAAAGUUCUUUGGCCUCUGCACUUGGAAUCCUAAGACAGGAGCCGAUUUUAGCUGGGACUGCCCCUCCCUGUCCUGUCAUCAUUGUGAAUUUUGGAACAAGGCCGCCAGUAGGGUCUGCCCGCAUGCGUUCCAUACAUAUUUCAGGCAUCUUUGGGGAACCUUAGAUUUUCUGUGUGCUUUCCGAACCUGACAAGGGUUAUAGCAGCUCUUAGGCCAGAUUAUGCAUUUCAUGGAGCUGAGGCUGCAGAAGUCUGUGCUUCUUAGGGCAGCAGCUGACUUUUUACUGGGACAAGUCUAGAAAAGGCCCACCUAAAACGAGGUACCGUUUUGCCCUGCAGAUAUUUUAACAGAGAUUAUUUGGUGUUGACAAUAUUACUUGAAUGAUUUUUGCUAAGACGUCUAAGGGAGACAACAAGAGAGGAUUUCAGUCAGCGCUUUCCAUCUCACCAUGGAGGGUCCGCUCUGUUCACAAAUAAUCCACAAAUGCAAUUUGUCUAAAAUCUGCUGAAGAGGCAUGGCAGCCACUUCCACGCUGCUUUAGGUGGUGGGUAAAUAACAUGGCCUUUCAUAUAGAUCUAGUGGUUUUUUUUCAAAUAGUCCUAUGUGGAAUCCUUGAAAUGAUGCGGCUAAAUUCAAUAGACAUGAAAAAUACAAUAUGGAUUGUGGGUCCUGGCCGUAAGCUAUAUAUCGAACGAACCAACCGACGCAAAGCUCUAGGAGAGUGUUCACUUGAAAACAAUUCACAGCCUUCUUCCAGAUUAGCCAUAAUUACCAAAAAGAAGGGAGGGAGGGAGCGCAGCUAAAAACAUCCUCAACUUGGUAUAAAUAAUGACAAGUUUUUUUCCCUGGGUUGUCUACAUCUUAAAAGAUGGGAACAGAAGUUCACCUUGAUGCAUAAGCCUGGACAGAGUCAAGAAGCUCCUUCCUAGACCCAGAGUUUAAAAGUCUAGUGGAUGGCAGCACCCACCCCUCAUACAGAGGGACUCCCACAAAAGGCGGUCCAUUAAUUUUGUUUUAUAAACUUAAUGAACUUUUGCUAAAAACGGAUCCUGUGCCAGGUAGCAUGCCGAGUGCUGAGGCUGCCAUCCCUCCCCUCCCCCCAGAACCAGCCGACCAACCAACCUCCUCCUCAAGCCACAGGGCACCCGGGGGAGCCAGUCUUCCAGCACGUUGCCCUCCCAGCCUCCAGGUGUGUGGGCUCCAAUGACAGAUGGCACUGGCUUCACCUGUGGCGCCAGCUCAUACAUUUCAAUGAGAUUUCCCCCUGAAUAGCAAACAGAGAACCAGACUAAGUUCACACUCAUGGAAAAAUGUAUUUAAAAUUGUAUUUCACUGAAGCCCAGUUACAAGUAGAACCAUACUCUGUGAAUGUCUUAGGGUGUUAGAUAAACAUAUAUUUUGAAUAUCUAGUCAGGUUCCAGGUAAGAUAUCUGAUCUGUGCUUUGGUAUGUUUUUUUCUUUCUAUGAGCAGUUAUAACAACACAAUCUCAUUUUUAGGAUUUCAGAAGUGGGCCUUCAAGACGACAAGCAGUUGUCAGAGCUGGAUGACAGUUAGCAUUGUAAAGAUCAAGUGCUUUUUUUUGUGUCGAGGUAACCGGUUUAUAACAUUAUAUGUUUCAC